AUUUUAGCCAGUCGAUUUUCUAAAUCUGAACGAAUACGAUCAUGGGUUUCAUAAACGUUAAAAAAUGUACGAAAGAACCCCAAGAACUAUUAAAACUCAUUGUUUUAAUGUGUUGUGUACUUUUUACUAUUUACCAGUUGUCGGAAUGUAUAUCGAAAUUAUUACAUCCACCUGUAUCAACUUACUAUAAAUUUAAUUUGAACGAAUCCAUGAAGUAUCCGUCAUUGACAUUUUGCCGAAAGCCGGCCUAUAAAAAAGAUUUAUUUCCGAAAUACGGAUUGAAAAAAUACGUGGAGCCAUAUACAACACGAGCUUUUAUUAAUUUCGAUUUCAAAAAUUAUAAUCUUGAUGACUUUCUAGAAGAAACAACUUAUAGUUUCUCCGAAAUGCUCGGCAGUUACGGUUUUUCAGGAAAUGGGUUGGAAAAAACUGUACAAGUCAAAGAAUCGUUUCAUCUUCAUUAUGGCCGAUGCGUGACAUUAACUCCACAGGGAGAGUCGAGUACGUUUUCUAUAGGAGGUGGUUAUUUCUUAUACUUCCUCCACAAUGAAAUGAACAAAAACAGAGAUGAAUUCGGAAUUGGUAAUUCAGGUUAUCGAGUAUACCUUCACGACGACAAUGAAAUACUUAGCUCACAAUUGGAUCAAGAAAACAAUUUUUUGGAAUAUUUGUAUAUAGAAAGUUCUGAGGAUAUGAGAGUAAAAUUGAAGGUACAAGAGGUGAAUCAAAUAUCAACAACUGAUGAACCUUGUGUUUCUGAAUUAAAUUAUAGUCAAUCCAAAGCAAGUAUUCUAAUUUGUAUAGAGGAAUGUUUCCAUCACCAACUUGCUGUAACUGUCGGUUGUUCAGUUGCUUGGCUUAGGAUACCACAAAACAUAUCGUUUCCUAGAUGUUCUAACUACGGUCAAUUAAAUUACCUACUUUCAGGCUUAUUAAUUCCUUUGAAUCGCACAAGAUACCUUCAAAAUUGUAACUGUCCAAUAUCCUGUAACCUUUCAAUUUACACAUCUUAUAUAAUAAAUAACAGAGAUGUGGAGAAAAGUCUUCAGCCUAAUUGUUUGAUGAUGAUUUAUUAUGGAUCAAAUCUGGUGGAAGUAAUGUCAAAAACUAUCACUUAUGAUUGGAGCUUAUUUAUGUCGGAUAUUGGUGGAUCUUUAGGUUUUCUUCUAGGUUUAUCUGUAAUUGGUGUUAUAGCCGCUUUGGAACAAAUAUUUAAAAUAAUUAUUGUUAGAUUCUUUAAGAACAAAAAGGCUAUAGAUACAGAAGUUGAAAGGAAACCAGAACAAGAAAUAGAAGACCAGAAAGUGUCCAACAAGGAUGUGAAAAUCGAUGAAUAUCAAAACGAAAACAACGAUUAUAAACAUCUGAUGGAUUACUUAUCUGAAUGUGAUUAUUUUCAGAAGAACAAAGUCACCAAGGAGCGUGAAAUAAACAAAUAUUAAAAGACUACUUAUUAUUCCUAACGUUCAUAAUUAUAAUCUUUAUAUUUACGUUACUAAAUAAAUGAAUAACAACAAA